UGACCACCAAAUAUAACCAAAUACAAAGAGUUGCAUAUAUGGAUUCUUCAUAUUUCCAAUACCCAUAUUCUCAUUUCUCUCCUGAAUCAUCUUCUUCUUAUAUUUCACUAGACUCAUUCAAUUACCCCCAUAACCAAGCUCUUCCUUUCAAUGAAAACGACUCUCAGGAGAUGCUUCUUUUAGGACUGCUAAACCAAGCUCCGGCAAGCUCUAGAGAUGAUCAUGAAGUAAGCUCGAAAGCAAAUGAAGAGGAAUCGUCUACCAGGGAGGCUUCUUAUAGAGGAGUUAGGAGAAGACCAUGGGGGAAAUAUGCAGCUGAAAUAAGGGAUUCCACAAGGAAUGGUGUUAGGGUUUGGCUUGGAACCUUUGAUACAGCUGAGGCUGCUGCUUUAGCUUAUGACCAAGCUGCAUUGGCAAUGAGAGGUUCCAUGGCUAUUCUCAAUUUCCCAAUGGACAAAGUCUACGAAUCACUUCGAGAAAUGAACUAUGGGUUUGAACAAGGUUGCUCACCUGUUUUAACCAUGAAGAAAAGAUACUCCUUGAAAACCAAGAAGGGGUCGUCCAUGAUGAUGAAGAAGGCCAAGAAAGAAAAGGAAAUUAACAACACGGAAAAUGUAGUAGUGUUGGAGGAUUUAGGUAUUGAAUACUUGGAGGAACUUCUUACCAUCUCCGAGAGUUCUAAUAUUUGGUAAAUUACUUUAGAAUAACUUUGAUUAAUUCAUAAUUAAAAAAUAAUAAUAAUUGUAUCAGUCAGUUAAUCCUUUUUCCUGUUUAGAUAUCGAGGAAUGAGAAUUUUUUCUUGAUUUUGGCUUUUUGUAAAUGCAAGAAGGAUUAAUGUCUUUUGUUGGAUAUAGAGAGG